UCAUUUUAUACGGAGCUUGAAAGAUUCUCAACUAGCCUAACAUCUGCCUUGUGAAAUAGGAUAAUUAAAGCCUGGCCUCAACCACGUUUCAAAUAGCACAGAUUUAUUCGAAAAGACUAUUUAAAUGGUUAAUACAUUACCAAUAACUAGGUAGAGCGCGUGCGCCAGCAUUCCACCCCCCAGGGAAAGAUUUCAGCCCGCCUGACAACCCUCAUGACAGCCCUCAUGACUGUAACGCAAGUUCCUGCGCUGAUAAAACCGCAGUUGUUGGGUCUCCUACUGAUAGCAGGCGGCGGUUCAAGUCGUGUAGUUGCUGUACGUGGUUCGGAGCGUUCAAAGCUUAUUAACGGCGCUCAGCACAAAUAGGUCUGCAAAUGUGUGUGUGUGUGUAUGCAGCGUGCACCGGUUCAAGUUUCGCCAUGACUCAGUACAAGCAGUGAUUGUUUCGUUGAAAUGAAAAGCUUCUCCCUCUCUCUCUCAUAUUCUUCUCGGAGAAGUACAGCUGAAGAGUCGGCAGGAUUAUCACUAUAGUUUAUGUGGAUGGAGCUUGGUAGCCUAACGUUGAAGACACAAUGUAGGCGAAUUAGCCGCUGUUUGAUGUAUUCUGUUCUACCCGGUCUCUAACUUUACCGCCGACUAAUGUUUCCUUUUGCGCGUCAUUUAGGAGUAAAUGUGUUUUUUUUUAAGCUCUGAAUAAUUUUUUUAUUAUUAUUUAUUUUUUGGUUUCGGAAGUUGAGAAUGUCGUGUUGAGGACAACGUUAACUUCGGUGAUCGGAAUCCAUAAGCUCGUGCGCAUAAUCUCACGUGUUCUAAAGGGCCAUAAACUGAAGGAGUUGAUCGUUUCGUCGGUUGUGGUCAUGGAGAAAAAUGGAAAAUUCCUUAGCCAAAACGGGACCUCUGAUUCCCCUCCACUCCCUACGGUGACAGCUCUACAUACUUGGCACCCUCAUGUCUACGGUAAGCCCCCAAGGCAGCCAACUCCUCACACUAUCGUCGAUAUUCUGGGUUUGCGGGCGGUCAGACAUGGCGAGGAGAACGGCCCGACGUGUGUGGAACAGCCGUUGAACUUAUCCUGUUCCAACACCAAUUCGUAUCUCCCUUCAUCAACAUUGAACGGCUCAUUCCUUAAUAUGCCUCCUUCGUUGUCGUCCAGCUUGACUCCCUCCAGCGUCCACAAUGCGGACGCUCCUCCCAUAAAGUCAUCACCAUCUACAGGAAGCCUCUCUCCACUGUCAGAUUCCUACUUAUCUACUCUCAGUAAGGGCACCGUUUCACCCGAAACGGAAACAACACUAAUUCCAGCCCUCGACACUACGGGUGCAGGUGCAAACGUCGAACUGAAAGUUGAAGGCAGCAAGAAGCUAGUGAAAAGUAAAGGUGUAAAACGAAAGAAACCGGAAAAGGCUACCUACCAUAUUGAAGAUUCCGCAGCAAAUGACAGCAGCGCUUCUAGCGGCAGUCAAGCGAACGACAAACUCAAAAGAAAAAAAUCGAGAACGACGUUUACGGGGAGACAAAUUUUUGAACUGGAGAAGCAGUUCGAGAUCAAGAAAUACUUGUCUUCGAGUGAGAGAGCAGAAAUGGCCAAAUUGUUGAAUGUUACAGAACAACAGGUAGAAAUAGAUAAAUAUUGGAAAAAUAUAUAUAUCAGCUAA